AUACGCCUUCAUGGUCUUGUAGGAGUAAUUCAUGUCUUUUGCGCCUCCGGCCAGAUCACUUCUUUACCUGCCAAACAAAACGGUGUGCAAAUAAAGACUUUCAAACAACCUGCGCGAACGAACCAAUUUUUCAAUAGCUGCAUUGAUCUGUUGUACAUAUUGCAAAGUCGGCACCGUCGUGCGUUUUCCCCUGCUUCUCUAAAUUUUGGAAUAAUUAGACUUUUAGAGGGAAACAAAUUCCAAUUUCCACCAUAUUUGAGAAGGGAAAGUUGUUUCGACAAUGAUUUGGACGUCCAUGAUUUCUUCCUGAUAUGGGUUCUUCUGUUUGCGUUGUAGCUAAGGAUCGUUGUCUGAUGUUUAGAUAAGCCUGAGUAUCGCCAAAGAUCCCAAGGUAACAGGAACAUGGAUGACCUUGAAACGGUGAAUACAUAUCGCGGUUCCGCGCGAAGAAUCACGGUCAAGAGCGCGCAAGAGGCUGACGAGUUGCCGCACAAGACCGCGGUCACUACCGUUUCCGGAACGGUACGCGAUGGUGCGGUUACGACCUCUUUCGACUACCCGAAAUACCGGGACCGAGUUUCAUGGAUAGCCGUAGUCUUCAAAUCUGUACCCGACUCGGUAGGCUUGGCUGGGCUGAAAUAUGCAUUCAACGCAGGAGAGGUUAGAUGGCGCAGAUUUCUGUGGACAUUAUUGGUUCUAAGCGGCUUCGGUGUGUGUUUAUAUCAGGUUGUUGAUAGGUCAAUGCACUUUGCAUCUCAUCCCAAGAGUGUGGAUGUUAGCAUCAACCAAGUCUCUUCUAUAGAAUUUCCCUCAGUCGCCAUAUGCAGCUACAAUAGAUACAGGGCAUCAGCUGUGAAUGGAACAGAAUACGGCAGAUUUUUGACUGAUACUUUCGUGAAUCCGACCACGAUGAACGUCUCGCAGUAUUACGACACACUGUCCUCCGGUAGUUUCAAUGAUCUGCUCUUCAAUACUUCACAUAUUUUAGAACAAUCUAUCCUAGAGGUCUUUUGGAAUAGAUUCCCCGUAUAUCCGACAACCAAAUACUUCUCGUUAAAAAUGACUGACUGGGGCCCUUGCUUCAUCUUCAAUGAUGCUGAUAAUGGUUUAGAAGGUCUCCAGUUAGAAGCAUCAGGCAGGGCAACAGCUGGGUUAUUAAUAUCGGUCAAUAUCCAUCAGGAUGAAUAUUUCUACGACCCAUGGUCUUACAUGGCAGCGGGACUGCAUGUUGCAGUAUACCCUCGCGGAACCCAGCCUUUCAUGGAAGAUAUAGGGUUUUCAGUAGCUCCUGGGACUUCGACAUUGGUUGGACUAGAUCUCGAGGAGAACGUUUAUUUGCCUCCUGUUUAUGGUGAAUGUGAAAACAAAACCCUAAAUCAUUUCGACUACUAUGGUGGAUUGGAGUGCAAGAUAGAAUGUGUCGGGAGCUUCCUGGCAUCUCGGUGUGGUUGUAAAGUCCUGCAUUUUCCCGGUGAUGUACCCGAUUGUUCUCCGUGGCAAUUUUUUACUUGCAUUAACCCAGUACUAGGGGACUUUGUUAAUAACGUAAGUUGUAAUUGUACCCCGCCAUGCUCGACACGGAAUUAUGUGACAACAUUAUCGCAAGCAGCCUAUCCAGCAAAUUUCUUCUCGGAACCACUGGCUUCUCUUUACAACGAAACAGCAGAAUACUUCAGACAAAAUAUUUGCCGUCUCACCUUUUACUUUCGAGAGAUGAAUGUGGUAAAACGGGUCCAACAAAAGGACUAUACCUUCUUCAGCUUGCUCUGUGACAUCGGAGGAUCCCUUGGUCUUUGGCUUGGUGGGAGUAUCCUCACCUUCUUUGAAAUCCUCGAUCUCUUCGGUCACUCGACAUACAUUUACACAAGGAGAACCCCUUGAACAGUUUAUCCAUGCAGUGUCAUUCUUGCAAAGCUUAUGAUUUAUGAUAUUGAUAGGAAAGACAAGCUAAGGUUGGAAUCGUGUUCAACAGUAAGGAUAUAUUAUUUUACAUUCAAUUGCUCCAGUAAAUGUUGAAAUAUGAACUCGGGCGUCCCACAGGGAUCUAUAUUAGGUCCGUUGGUAUUUUCGUCUUUUUAAAUGAAGUGUGUAAUGUAAUUUUGCCUUUCAAUUUUAAAGAUCUCUUGAUUUCUCCAUAGUGAUGGUACAGCUUUAUUAAAUACGGUACAUCAAUAAAUAGAAAAAAAAAAUGUGCUGGAUGAUGGUUAAACUUGGAUGGUAUACAUUUGCAAUCCAUCUAAGACAACUUGGACAUGAUUUUUCUGUUCAAAACCUCGGUAACUUAAUUAAAAAAGUAUAUACUUGGGUACGAUGCUCGAAACUUCUUGACUGGUAUUAAUAUGUUUCUACUACUGUGUGUAAAAUAUUAUCUCGGGCAUUAGACUAUCUACUGAGGAUGAAUGUGUGCUGUCAUUAAGUAUCAUGGAGAAGUUGUAGACCUACUUCACUUUUGCAGAUCGGGGCGGAGUCUGUUCAUUCUUCUUCCUAUAAAUGAAAUCCAGAGGACAUUUAUAUUUUUGUAGUAAAAUUGUAUUUCGUGUGGCUGAGUAAAACAUCUCGGCAAUAAAUCUGUGAUGUAUAAUUUUAUUUAUAUGGUACCAAAGUGUUUGAUAGUCGACCAUUUGAUAUAAAUAUAUAUACAUUACUUGACUUUAGAUGCUUUUGAGUAUGGAAUCUUCUUUUUCUUUUGUGUUUUGACGUUCUCGCAGACAAUCUAACCUACUAUGCUAUAAGCGUCGUACUGAUUUCUGUAAAUAUCAUUAUCGUGAUUCGUGAAUAAUUAUGCACAAAUCAUACUGCCUUGAGGCCUUAAAGGCUUUUUGUAAGGGAUCUCAAUUGUCCGUGUAUUUGUUUAUCAAUUAGUUCUUUUGUUUUUAUGUUUAUCUGUUUCAUCAGUUGUUGCUUUCAUUUACUCAUUCAAUGGCAAAUGGAAACCUAAUGCCACUUUUAAGCGGCAUUUCCGGCAAGGUCAAACAUCAUUAAGGCUAUCUUUAAUAUAUUUGUCUACAAAAGUUUUAUUACGAUGAAUUAGUAAUGAAUACAAAAAUCUUGUAUUCCCACCUUGGGAACACGAUUGACAGGAUUUGCGUAUAGAAUGUAUAUGCUUUUCUUUUACUAUCUCAAACCGAUUACUACAAUUAUUUUGUGAUUGGGCUUUAUUCAUUGACAGCAUUGAUCACUUGUUUUUGUCAAAUAAUGAAUAAAUCAUGUAACAUUGAA